UUUCAUUCAUUUGAGUGACAGAUGAAUUGACACAUAUGUAAAGUAUAAACAGCCAUUUGCCUUAGUGGUAUUUAUUAAUUUUGCCGACAAUAUUUAGUUAUAAUCGAAAGAAACAUUAAUAUCAACGCGCACGAUGUCGCGGCGUAGUAAUUGGAAUAGAGCAUCAUAUAAAAAUCAUAAUCGUGGGGGCAGGCCUCAUGGUUUGCGCGGCAAAGACAUCGGACUUUAUUAUAGAGAUCUACAGAGAAAUAAGAGUAAAAAUACGGAUCUAGAUUUUAUGAUCAAUCUGUCAGUACCACCUGCAGUACUAACAAGUUUACAAAAAAAUAUACAAUCUAUUAAAAAGAUUGCCAAAGAACAUAAUAUACAUGUACCACCACCUAAAAAUAUUAAUCUUGUAAUAAUAAAAAAAGAUGAUACAUCAGAACAUAGUCAUAAUCCAAAGGAAUUGGGUACUGCCCACAAAAAUGUUAAAUAUCCUGAUGAGUUCAGGCCAUUGGAGGUUCCAAGCACCUCUUCUGAUUACAAAAUGCAGGUAGAUGAUGUAAAAGAAUCAAAGUCAAAAGAACUGAAAGUAGGAUCUUCAUCUGAAGAUGAUAAAAAAACAGAUCCUGAAAAAGAAAAAUCCAGUCAUUCAUCAGAUAAAAGUCAGUCAAGCUCUUUAAAAGGCACUGGCCAUUAUAAAUAUGGCUAUGAAGACAUAAUUACAGGUACUUUUGAAGAAAAACUUGAAAAAUGUCUGAGUGAUGGAAUCAUUAUAGCCAUGAAUAAUCCUACAAUUGAAGCAUUAAAUGAAUCAUACUAUGAAGAAUAUAAGACAAUGAUACAAUCAAAAACUUAUAUAAAAAUGAAAACUUUCAGAGAGAUGCUACCAACAUAUAAAAAAUCAAAAGAAUUACUAGAAGUAUUUCAUAAUAAUCAAGUGGUUGUUAUAAGUGGUGAGACUGGAUGUGGAAAAUCUACACAGAUUCCGCAAAUAAUUUUAGAUGAUGCAAUUGUCAAUAAAAAAGGUGCUAAUAUACAUAUUUUAGUCACUCAACCGAGGCGUAUAGCUGCUUCAUCCUUAGCAAUUAGAGUAGCAGAGGAGAGGUCAGAAAAACUGGGCAAAUCUAUAGGAUAUGCUGUCAGAUUAGAAGUUGUUGAUCAAAGACCGCGGGGUAGUAUAAAAUUUUGUACGACAGGAGUUUUACUUGCUGAACUGGAAACUAACCAGGGUUUGACUAAUUAUAGUCAUGUGAUACUAGAUGAAGUACACGAGAGAGACUGCGAUAUUGAUAUAUCCAUGUUAAUGUUGAAACAGGUGCUCAAACAGCGCAAAGAUCUCAAACUAAUUUUAAUGAGUGCGACAAUAGAUGCUGAUAGACUGAGGUCUUAUUUUGAUGACUGCCCCAUGAUGCAUAUUGAAGGCCUAGCAUACCCUGUAAAGGAUAUUUAUUUGGAGGAUAUCCUUCAAAUGACGAGGUACAUUCCAUCGUUUGAGGAAGGCACCCGUGCAGCCCACAAGGGCCAAAGACAGAAAUGGAAGAGACAAGAAGAAGAAAUGCAGAAGGACAUACAAUAUAAAGCUGAAAUUGGAAUCGGUGACAUAACUAAUCUUAUGAAGAUAAUUGAAUCUAGUAACAAUUUCCCAAAAUCUCGCUUCGACAUAUACCCUUUACAUUCAAAAUUGCCAUCACUUGAGCAACAUAAGAUAUUCCAGAGACCUCCAGAUCAUGUUCGAAAGAUAAUAUUGGCUACGAAUAUCGCUGAGACGUCUAUAACUAUAGACGAUAUUGUCUAUGUGAUUGACUGCGGUAAAAUUAAAUAUAGUGGACUGAAUAUUGAGGAUAAUAUACCCACUUUGCGUACAGAGUGGGUGUCACAAGCUAAUCUGCGACAGCGACGUGGACGAGCUGGUCGCUGUCAGCCAGGCAUAUGUUACCACUUGGUGACGUCAUUCCGAGCCAGUCAGCUAGCGGAACGUCUUCUGCCAGAAAUACAACGAAACUCCCUAUUGGAGCCCGUUCUAGCUAUAAAGAAGCUGCGUUUAGGAAAGGCAGGUCUCGCUUUGAGCCAGAUGCCUUCUCCUCCCGCUGAAACCACCGUGGAACGAGCUGUCAAACGUUUGUCUCAAAUCGGCGCUCUAGACAACGAUGAAAAGUUGACCCCGCUUGGGUGGCACCUGGCUCGUCUGCCGGUCCACCCGGCCGCGGGCAAACUGUUGCUAUUGGGCACACUUUUCGGAUGUCUCAAUCGAGCAGCCAGUGUCGCUGCCGUAUGGGGAUUUAAGGACCCCUUCCAACUUGUUAUUGGCAAAGAGAAGGAAGUCGACGAAGCGAAACGCACUCUAGCUCUAGGCGAGCCGAGUGAUCAUGUCGCUAUAUCAGAAGCAGUCAUGCAAUUUGAGCAUUGCCGUACAUACCAAGAGAAGCGCAACUUCGCUUACGAAUACUUCUUAUCGUGCCACACUUUAGAACUAUUGUCAGAUAUGAAGAGACAGUUUGCUGAUAAUUUGAAGCAGAUGGGUUUCCUUCGAAAUGCUGAUAUCAAUUCUCCGUGGGAGAACCGCAAUAUGGACAAUAUGAGCCUCUUCAAAGCUAUAGUGGCGGCCUCUUUGUAUCCAAACAUUGCGACUGUAAAUGCUGUUAUGGAGUUAAUCACGGCGGAGGACGAAUGCUUAGAUUUUAUUUCAGAUAAUGAUUCAGAAUCGGACAGAAACUCACUGUCUUUGGAAAUGAUGAACAGUCUUAUUGAAGCUAUUAAUUCAAAUAAGGAGGACAAGUCUUUGAGGGCCAUAGUUUUAAGUGCUAAAGGGAAUGUGUUUUCUGCUGGUCAUAAUUUGAAAGAAUUGGUAAAUGGAUUCGCAACGGCAGCGGGCUGUCAGUUGGUCGCUACGUGCGACAUGAUUGUAUGUUCAGACACCAGUAAAUUCUCAACACCUGGAGCUAACUUCGGCAUUUUUUGUUCUACUCCAGGGAUAGCUGUGGGACGAUGUGUACCAAAAUCCAGAGCUACCUACAUGCUCUUUACAGGUGAACCUAUAACUGCUCAAGAAGCUUACGAAAGUGGGCUAGUCACAAAAGUUGUUCCAGCAAGCGAACUAGAUGACGAAGUUAACAAGAUCAUUGAGAAAAUCAAACACAAGAGCCGAAGCGUUAUCGCUCUCGGCAAAGAAUUCUUUUACAAACAAAUCGACUUGAGUUUGAUGGACGCUUACAAGCUGGGAGAAGAUAUUAUGGUUCAGAAUAUUAAUUCAAACGAUGGGCAAGAAGGUAUCAAAAGUUUUGUUGAAAAAAGGAAAGCAGUAUGGAGUCAUGAAUAGCAGUUAUCGCGAAUGUUCGAGAAUACUGUUAAUGACUUACUCAUUUCUGUGUUUAUCUAUAUAAUGGCACUGAUAAAGACUGUUGUAAGUUUUAUUUUACAAGAAAACAUUUUUAAUUCUCUUUGAAUAGUGGAAAAGCAACUUGAUAACAAUUACUUUGUGAGUACUU